UGGCGAGGAAGCAGUCCAGGGCUUCGCAGUCCCGGCGGUCCCGCAGGCACCUGGCUUGCGGUCGGUCGCGCGUAGAGGAGCAGGCAGGGCGCACCAUGGAAGCGAAGUGAGGCGGCCGGGGGUCGGCAGCCCCGCGGGCCAUGUACGGCGACGUGUUCAACACCACGGGCAGCCCCGAGGCGGCGGUAGGCGGCGCCCUGGCGCUGGCAGCCACGGUCAAGGCGGAGGGCGCUUUGCCGCUGGAGCUGGCCACCGCGCGCGGGAUGCGGGACGGCGCGGCCGCCAAGCCCGACCUGCCCACCUACCUGCUGCUCUUCUUCCUGCUGCUGCUGUCCGUGGCGCUCGUCAUCCUCUUCAUCGGCUGCCAGCUGCGCCACUCGGCCUUCGCCGCUCUGCCCCACGACCGCUCUCUGCGGGACGCGCGCGCGCCCUGGAAGAUGCGGCCGGUGUAGCUGCACCGGGUCUCGGUCUCGCCACCAGCAGUAGGUAUGAACUGGACAGGGUGCACCUGAUGCCCCUGGGAACACUGCACUUUGACCCCCCACCCCACACACACACACACCCUUCCCGCCCUCGAGCAGCACCGUGUGCAUCAAGGGAGUCGGAGGCGUUAGAAGGCUGCAGAGGGUCCCCAUCCUCCUGGUCACGGGGAACUGUGCUGCUGCUCUGGUGGAGGUUUUCUUCCGUGGGCAGCGGGACCAGCCGGGGUGCCUUCCUGAAGACAGCGCAUCCGCCGGGACCAGGGAGCCUUCCUCGCCGCCAGCUGACUUCCUUACUUUGCCCAAGGGGCAGGCAAGAGGAGCGUGCAGCUAGCCGAGCGCAGCUAGGUUUGAGCUGCCUGUCCGGACUCCUUGGCCCUGUGGCCGUCUUCUUGCGGCUGCUACCGCCUCUCCCACUCUUUGGCACUAGAGAGUCCCACUAGGAUCCGAGUGUGAACUCAGCUGGACUUAGGAAUGAUGGCUCUCCGAGGCUUCGUCCCUGGGGUGGGAAGUGAGGGGACGCAGAGUUUAAAUAGGUCCCGCCCAGGUCCGAGGACCCAGUUUUCUUUGCCCGCACGCAGGAAGGGGAAGCUGGUCUAGAGGUGGGGUCCCACCUGCAGCACUCUGUGAUCAGGGUGUCCUGGGUCAACAGGGGCCGCAUUUCUACAAUAAAACCUCGCCGAAUUAGACCCAGUACUGAGGAUGCUCUGGUCAUUGGUUGCGCCACUUGGGAAAGGGGCAUAAAAGGGGAGCCUGAGCAGGCUGACCUAAGCACAGCCCUCCUCCCACCUCCAAGUGGCCCAGGUCAGUUUUAACGGACAUUUGCUCCUCUCCAGCUUCACCUUGAGAAGGCAAUGGCACCCCACUCCAGUACUCUUGCCUGGAAAAUCCCAUGGAUGGAGGAGCCUGGUAGGCUGCAGUCCAUGGGGUUGCUAAGAGUCGGGCACGACUGAGCGACUUCAGUUUCAUUUUUCACUUUCAUGCAUUGGAGAAGGAAAUGGCAACCCACUCCAGUGUUCUUCCCUGGAGAAUCCCAGGGAAAGGGGAGCCUGGUGGGCUGCCAUCUCUGGGGUCGCACAGAGUCGGACACAACUGAAGUGACUUAGCAGCAGCAGCAGCAGCUUCACCUUUCCCCAGAGUCAAUCAGUUGUUUUCAGAGCCGACCUCAGAGAAGAAUUGCUGCCUCAUCUGCUGGGAAAAAAAAAAAAAAAAUUCCCUGUAACAGGGCUCUAUGGAGACCUUCCCUGUGGGGCAGUCGUUCCCACCAGGCGUCCACUCUAUGGCUCUUAGAGGCUCUCUGGGCCUAAGCCCUUCCAGGAGUCAUUUCUGGACCAGAACCAACUUGUGAAGCAGGGGCCUGAGGGUCAGGUGAUGGGGGCAGCUGUUUAGUAUCUCUUCCCAAAGUAGACAAGAGGCCAGCUCUGGAGAACACGGCAGGAAAGCAAUGGAUGAAUAAGCCUAGCUUGGAGGAGCUGAUUUCAAAGAACCUGGGAGGGAAUAGAAAGAAUUGUAAUAACCUUGACCAUUUUCAAAGUUAACCUAAUUCUAGGGAGUCUCUUUGUGGCAGCUUAAAAUAGUUUCAGAAGUUACCUAGCUCAUUAGGGCACUAGAGCUUAGAGAACAUUUGACUAAAAGGAGAUUUGGUAGAUUAUUUAAUCAAGUAGUUCUAAGCCAUGUAGGGGUCACUCAGAUUUUUGAGACUCUGAAGAAUGCUAAGGAUGCUUGUCUGGCGAAUGCAUACGGGCACACAAUUCUACAAACUUUUUGUGAGGGUUGUCGGACACUGAAGCUUAUGUAAGGAUCUAAGCUGAGGCUUAGAAAAGACUUAUUAGAGCUCCAGGCUUAGGCCAGAGCUCCCUACCACCAUUUCUCCUCCUUCAUCACUCCCAAGGAAGGAUCCUUGGAAGUGCCCAAGAUUCUUCCUGCUCCUAUCCCAUGAAGCAGCAGAGAUGAGCAUCUGACAGUUCAUCUUGGGCUAGACUUCCAUAUCUUAGAGAGCUAAUACCAACCAAGCCCUAAUGGAGCUAAUUCUACAAUAGCCUCAUACAACAGUUUGGUUUUUGGAAAUGCAGCUAAACCUUUCUAACUUACAGUAAUGGUAACUCAGCUAAUCUGUGUGACCCUUGGCUAUGGAGAAGACUAAAUGGAAUAAAUGUUAAGGAGGGUAUGAGAGCCCUGACUGGCAUAAUGGAAUCACACACUGCUGAUAUGGGGGAUCUUUCAGCUUUAAUCUGGGGGCUGAGGGGAUAGGAGACUAACACAGAGGCAGCCUAGUAUAUUCCUCCUCUACAUCUCCCCAUGGAGAGAUCUCAAGGCAGCAUGCAGAGUGCUCAGCUCUGGAGUCUGUCUGGCCUUAAAUCCCAGUUCUACUGCUCACUGACUGUGUGACACUGCAAAUUACUUAAUCUGUACUGGUCUGUUUCCUCAACUGUGAAAAGGGAUUAUAUCACCUAGCCCUACAGGGUUGACUGUCAAAUGACAUAACCAGUGUUAACAUGCUAGCACUCAAGUGUUAGUUGUAUUGUAAAUGAGCCUAAGGCUUGAGGCAGCACUGCCUAAGGGAGAAGCUGACUCACAAAAGAUGCCAGGGUUAGGGGCACUGUCAGCUGGCUUAGAGGCCGCCUGAAGUUCCUGGACCAGAAUCAGUUGAAGCCAGAGUGAUCCAGGAGGCUAUUGGGAUGCCUUAAUAAAAUACUGUCCCAAGGCAUCAAGAAGUUAAAGCUGAAAAAUGCUAAGAUGGAGACAAUUUGGAAGCCAUCUUUCUGAUGUAUCUACAGGGUUGAAUAGAUACUUCUGGAAGAAAGCCCUAACUAAUUGGACCUAUGUAGAGCUGGAAUCUAGAAAUCAAGCAGGAUCAGUAAGAGGAACUGGACUUGAGUUCUGCCUUUUGCCAGCACUGGGACCCUAAAUAAUUUCAUACCUAUCUCGAGGCUAGUGUUUGCCUAUUUGGGCAGUAAUGGGUCCUUUGUCAUGGGGAACCUAACCCUAGAUUCUCCCCUGGAAAGGAUGUGGCUGAGUUCAUGUCUUUCUUCUGCUGAUAUGCAAGUUAAGUGGACUAUAAUGUGGUAAUUGAACAUGUAGAUGGUAUCAGGAAGGCUGGUCUAUAUACACACAUCCUCCUGCCCUUUGUUCGUCUACCAAGCCCAUGAUGCCUUUGACCUAUCUUUGGAGAACUGGGCCUGGCAGGGUGAAAAGAGGAAUGAGAUUCAUGACACAGGUGUUUGGGCAGCUGUGCCAUAACCAGUCACUGGGAGCAGGCAAGAGGGUUAAGAACACAUCUCUGAUGGGGGGUAAGAGGGUGGGUAAGAUGGAAAUUAGGGAAAGUGGUUGCAGAUGUCAGGAGCUAGGGUGAAGCAGCAUAAAUGUAAGAAUCCUGGAGCCAAGUAACCUGACCUUGACCAUCCGCUCUAUGCCACAAUCAUGCUUCUGGAUUUCUGAAAACCUGCUUCCUCAUCUGUAAAACGGAGAUGAUAAUAGUACCUGGCUCAUGGGAUUUUCAACAUUGUGGGAAACACUGCAGGUAAAGUGUUCAGCUCAUGUUUAAUAUGUAGUAGGUGGUCUUAAUGUGAGCUAUCGUUAUUAUUAACCAGGAUGACCAGUUCAGAAGUGUUUGCAACAGCAAAAAUAGAAACUGCUUUCCCUCAUGACUAACUCUACCUUUUCAGAUAAAUUACAUCUUCCUCCAGUUUUCUCCAUCUCUGUAAACUGCGCCAUCAUCUGGUUGCCUGAAGUAAAAUGCACACUGACACUCAUUCCUGACCCGAAACUCUUCUUCAUCUUCCCAUAUGUAAUCCAUCACCUCCUAGACACCACUCUACUCCAUCUACUCCCCAGCCAUCUCCACCAAUAUCACCUGAAUACAAAGUCUAGCCUUCACUUGCCUCUCUCCAAUCAAUGCACACAUCUGAUCCCAGUAUCUGCCUCCAGCCCCAGCUUCCACCCCAAUAGUGUCUCCCUGUUCUCGGGAUUAAAAAAAAAAAAAAACUCUAACGCUGGCUUCCAAGAUGCAGCCUCUUCUGAUCCCCAUCCACCUCUCCUGCCUCAAUUCUUCACACUUCUCUUGUACUCCAUGCUUGAGAUAUAGUGGCCUUUCAAUCCUUAGGGCCUCUCUGCCUAAGGUGUUUGUCUCCCUUCCCUCGUCCAGCUAAUGCCUUCCUAUCCAUCAGGUCUGAAUACCUCUUCCUCAAAAUGGAUUUGCCUGAGUUCUCAAAGGAGAUCAGCCAUCCGUUAUAUUCAUCCACAGCCCCUGAUCAACUCCCUUGUCAGAGCUAUUAAAUAACUGUUUAAUUCAUGGCCUAAAUUCUCUCCCCCUACUAACAUAUAAGCUGGAUGUCAGGGACAACAUCUGCCUGCUCACGGCUGCCUUCCCAAUGCCCAGCACAGUGUUAAGCACAAAACAGACACUGAAUAAGUAUUUGUUGAAUGGAAUAUAACAGAGACAGAGCUAGACAUUAAGGUAAAUUUGCCUGUAGGUUCUUCAUCCGAACAGUUCACCUUUGAUUUUCUGCCGUAAACUAAACUUGUAUUAGAUGAAAUAUUGAGUUGAACUCUCCCUAUUGAUCGGUCCUCCAAGUGGCCCAUUUCCUGGAGGUGGUAAUCCACAAAGUUGUUAGCAACUGACAUUUCUUGUCUCCAUCUGUGUAACACCUCAGUUAUUAUUGUAGCUCCUGCAGAGACUAAAGAACAUGCAAUUUAAAAGUUUGUACCUUUAGCUAUUUCUGCUUGAAUUACUCCUUCUCCUGCAGGGAAUCUGAGAUCUUUACCAUAUCAUUCACAUGCUUCCUGAAUUGCCUUGACUAAGAAGCAACUAAAUAACAACUAAGUCACUACCCCUGACUCCCUCACCUCUUCUUGGACUUUGAUCAAAGAUUUCCUUCUUAAUGAGAUCUUCUCUGGUUUCUGGAUCAAAACCAUCAGCCACCUUCCUUCUCCCACCCCUGACAUUUCUUAUCUUCCUUUCCUACUUUUUCUCCUUAGAACUUACCACUAUCCUAUAUUUAUCUCAUUAUGUGUCUGUAUCAACCACAAUGAAGAUGCUUGAAUGUAUUUUUAUGUAGUUUGUCCUCAGUCUGACAUCUAAUAGACCCUCAAAUAUUAGUUGAACAAAUGAACAAUCUUGAUACUUCUCAGGACCAGAGAAAAUCCAGGUAUUCAGAAAAACAAGAACAGUCUAAAGUUCUUCUUGAUUCUCCAUUUCUGCCCCUCCUGCACCCUCUAAAGCUGAUCAAAUAACCCUAACUAGAUAGAGACUGAAACCACUGAACUAUGUUAUAGUUUCGCUUUCCGUGAGAACAGGAAUGACUCCCUGUGACAGCUCUGCUGCUUAGCAUAAAGCCUGACUUGCAGUGAGCACAAAAUAAAGGUCUGGUGAGACUAAGUGAAGGAGCAAGUAAGGAUUAGCCAGGUUACAGCCUGCACUGUUACAACAAAGAAUACUCCCCAUAUCCAUCCAAUGUCUUUUUCACAUAACCUUCCAAGAGUAGCACAAUUCUAUCACCCUCACCCCUUGGCUCCCAUGUCCACUUUGAUAUGACUCUAGUUCCUACCAUCGUAUCUACAUUCUAGCCACAGGGAAGGGGGAAAGGGCGAGUGUUCCUCUGUGGGGCAUUAUGCCAAUAUGACAUGUAUGAUUUCUGCUCAUAUGCUAAUAGUCAGAACUUAGCUGCAUGACCAUCUACAGCUGAAAGGGAGCUGGGGAACAUGGUAAGCAGCUGGACAGAGGUGUUCAAUGAUUAAGGAGAGAGAAAAUGGGUAUGGUAAACUUCUAGCAGUUCAUUAAACAGACAGUAAAAGGAAAGCACCUUUCUUUUCACAUGAAGAUCCCCUUCGCAGGCUUGCGUUUAUACAUAACAAGUUUGUGUUUGCAUUCAUUACCUUUGCCUUUACUGCCAUCAUUAAUUUGGCCUAAACAAAUUCUGUAAAAUUCACAGAAUGUUAUGUAAAGAGAAGACAAUGAAGGAACAUUUACUAUUAAUCUUAACUAAUGUUUGCACAGUGCUUCAAACCCUCCUCUGUCCCCCACCCCCACCCGCCUCCAGAAUCACACAUGCACUCUCCUCAGCAAAAUUAAUCUUUUAUUCUGAAGUACAAACACAGAUCACUAUGUUCUGUCUCUCAAAGGCACUGCUUGGGGGUGCCCCACCUGAAAGCAAUUACAGGCCUGACCUUUAGGUCCAACAGUUAGGGGUGAUAUUAUAGACUCUAAACCAGGGCACUAAAAUCAAACUACAGGGUUCUUAACACUGCCACCCUAUAAAAUUAUGAACUAAAAAGUAUACUUUUCUUGUCAUUGUUUUCUCUUGUCAAAUACAUCAAGGAAACUGUGCCCUUUCGAUUCUCUGGGAAAAUAUUAAAUGUCAACAUGUUAAAGCCCCAAGUUGACUGUUAAUUUUGUAGGUUCUCUAAGCAACAAUCCAGGAACCUGAUAACUUUGGGGCAAAGGUCCAAAAGCUCAAAGAGAAAGAACAGAUAGGAGUGUUCUUAGUUGAGCUUCCCCCUUUCUUCU